AUGACUGUUGAAGAUCUCCAUGUCGAUGCCAUCGUCAUCGGCGGCGGAUUCGGUGGCUGCUAUGCCCUCUACCGUCUGCGCCAGCUCGGUCUCACCACUAAGCUGCUCGAGGCUGGCGGCGGAUUCGGCGGCGUCUGGUACUGGAAUCGAUACCCCGGUGCUCGCGUCGACUCCGAGAUGCCCAACUACCAGUUCAACAUCCCCGCCGUGUGGAAAGACUGGAACUGGAGCCAGCGGUUUCCCGGCGAUGACGAACUGCGCCGGUAUUUUGAGCACGUCGACCGCGUUCUCCGUCUCAGCAAGGACUCCCUCUUCCACACCGUGGUGUCAGAGUGUCGCUAUGACAGCAGCACGCAGCGGUGGAUGGUGCUGAGCGCAGACGGCCGCCGCGCAAGCUGCAAGUAUCUGAUCGCCGCGACCGGCUCCUCGCACAAGAAAUACUUCCCCGAGUACGCAGGCCUGGCAGAAUACAAGGGCCAGCUGGUGCACUCGGCCGCCUACCCAGAGCAUCUGAACGUGACCGGCAAGAAAGUCGGAGUCGUGGGCAACGGGGCAUCCGGGCUGCAAAUUGUGCAAGAACUCGCCAAACAAGACUGCCAGCUCCACGUCUACAUCCGCACGCCGUGCUUCGCCAUCCCCAUGAAACAGCGCGCCGUGCCCCAGGACGAGUCGGAAAUGCUCAAGGGCUACUACGACGCCAUCUUCGACAAGUGCUACAAGUCCAACACCGGCUUCCCACACAACACCCUGCCGCAGUCGGUGCAUGCCGCCAUGCCCGAGGAGCGCAAGGCGCUAUUCGACGAGCUCUGGAAGCGCGGCGGGUACAGCUUUCUCGUCUCCAACUACUACGACUUCCUCCUGGACGAGAAAGCCAAUUCCAUCUUCUACGACUUCUGGGUGCAGCAGGUCCGGAAGCGGAUGAGCGACCCGGCCAAGAUGGACCUGGUGGCGCCGCUGAAGCAGGGCUUUUGGAUCGGCACGAAGCGGCCCAGUCUAGAGCAAGACUACUACGAGAUGAUUGACCGGCCGAAUGUGAUCCUGCACGAUCUGAAGAAGGCACCGAUUGUGAGGUUCACCCCAGACGGCACGGAGUGCGCAGACGGCAGCCACCAAGACCUGGACGUGGUCAUCUUCGCCACGGGGUACGAUGCCGUCACGGGCAGUCUGCAGGACCUGGGCAUCACCGAUAAAAAUGGCAUCACGCUGCGGAAGAAAUGGGAGACUGGCAUCGCGACGCACCUGGGCCUGAUGACACCGGACGCCCCCAAUCUCUUCUUUGUCUAUGGCCCGCAGGCACCGACGUCGCUGGCUAAUGGACCGCCGUUUAUCGAAAUGGAGGUGGACUGGAUAUGCCGGGCGAUUUCCAAAAUGCGCGAGCAGGGCCUGUCUACGAUGGAGCCCACCUGGGAGGCGGCGGAGCAGUGGAAGGAAGAGGUGCGUGUGGUCAGCGAGCACACGCUGUACCCCAAGACCGACUCGUGGUACAUGGGUGCCAAUAUCCCAGGGAAGAGGCGAGAGCCGUUGAUCUACCUGGGAGGGAUGCAGAGAUGGUGGGCUAAGUGCAACGAGACGCUGGAGAACUGGAACGGGUUUGCGACGGCCUAG